AUGAACCAAUUCAGCUGCGACGCAAACAACCCCAACACGCAAUGCAUCGACCAGCAACAGAUCUGCAAUGGCCAGCGCGACUGCUCGAACGGCUUGGACGAAACAAACUGCUUCCAGUGGGGGCAGUGGGGAAGCUGGGAUGCUUCGACUUGCUCCGCGGACAAGUGCAAAAGUCAGGAUACCUGCGAUGCGGAUUGCGUCGUCAUUCGACAGCGCGGCUGCUUCGACGCUUAUGGAAAUCCGAUGAAUGUUAUGAUGGAUCCGAAAUGCGGAGAUCGACAAGUCCUUUGCGGCGACAAAUGUGGCGUCAGCGCUGAAGUAAAGGGAACAUGUGAAGGCUGCGGUGGAUUUACCGUCACUGUAACUGGAAUUAAAAGAGAAGCUUCUCAUUUAUGA